AUGCAACGCUUAGCCCGUAUUCGUAUUUUGGAACCUGAAGACCCAUCUACGGUGUCAGCAUUUGAAAGAAAAAUCAGAAGGCUCCUCUCAUUCGCUUACCGUCUAUCGGUAUCCAUUUUUGUUACUGUUCAUCUGUUCGACUUCCUGUUCAGCAGCGUUUGGAUGCAUGGUUACAUCUGGUCGCUAAACUUACCGAUCGACCUGGACAUGUCGGAUAAGUCGGCCGGAGCUAUUGUUUACCACCAGCUGGAACAGGUCGGUGUUGAG